AAGAAUUAAAUAAUAAUGAUAGUAAUAAUAAUAAUGAUGAAAAUGAUUUUAAAGAAAAUAAAAAAGAAAUACCAAAAAUAAAUAAUAAAAUAAUUAUGAAAAAUGAUUUUGAUUUUAAUAAUCAAGAAUUUCAAAGAAGGUUAAAAGUAGAUAUAAGAGUAGUUAUUGAAGAACCA